AUGGGUAUUCGAGGCCUUAAUCAGGCGGUACAGCGUUAUGGCGUCUUCUCGCCCCUGAGUGGUGAUACCGUUGUUAUUGAUGGCCCUGCUCUUGUUCAUCGCAUCUCCGAUACCUGUAUAAAACAACGACCUCCUGGAAGUGGGUUCCUAUGUCAUCCUGGGUACUCUCUCCUUAGCCGCAUGGUUAUAAGUUGGCUUAAUGAGUUGAAGAGCCAUAACGUCAAUGUGCGGAGGAUAUAUUUUGAUGGUUACUUGCCUCCAAGUAAAUGGGAUGUAAGACAGGAGCGGCUUCUCCAACUAUCAGAGCAUAUGAAGACAUUGAAAUCUUCUCAACCUUCUGGGUCACCUAGGACGCCAGAAAGCGCGUUCAGCACCCUUGAGGAUGGUCUGACCUUCACGAAACUGAAUGGUCACUUCCACUCUAACAUAUUGCCGAAGCCCCCUUUCAUCAUUCCCGCCGUUCUUGAGGCCUUGAAGCACAAUCAAGUCUGGGGCCCUCUAGUCUCGGUCGUGCCUGGGGAAGCUGAUGUGUUCUGUGCACAAGACAUCCGGGAAAAUGGUGGUACUUUACUAACAAACGAUUCCGACUUGCUCAUACAGGAUCUUGGAGCAACGGGGUGUGUAUCAUUCUUCUGGGAUAUUGUCCCGGUAAGCCCUUCCUCUAAGGGGCUCGGCAUGACAUCAUGCAAAUUGUCGCUUCGUGAGAUCAAUGAUCGAUUAGGCUUGACCAAUAUUGGGGGUCUCCGUCGCGUCGUCUUCGAGAAAGAGAAAGGCAGAAUGAGGUUUAGUAAGGCCUUCCAAUACGCUCGAGAUAGCCAUGAAGACACGCUGAAUUCUUUGGAGUACCAGAGCUUCAUAAAAGAGCUUGAGUUGAAGGUAUAUAUACCAAACGAACAUCCGGUACUUGGCGUUCUCUCUAGCCUCGACCCUAGGAUAUCAGAGGUUGUCGUUCAGGCUUUGCUUCUAGAAGACCCAGGAGUGGAGUCUUUAACGUCCGACACAAAAACAUCACGAGGUCCAGAGACAUUAUCAAUUUUUCUACCAAUAUUAAUAGAGGAUCGCGAUAAGAAAAGCACGUGGACAGUAAGCACAAAUGUUCGGCAAAUCGCGUACAGCAUGCUUCAAAAGUUUAUGCGCUAUAAAACGAGCAAUAUUAUCGAGUACCGCACAUUAGACCCAUCAACAACGUUGGCUGGCCGGAAAAUUGAGAUUCCUGAUCUAGAAGAGAUGAUCAACGGUUGUGCUCAGUUACUACUUACAUUGGACAAGUUAUCACGAGGUUUGCCGUCUCCAGACAUGCAAUGGUUUGCGUUUGCAGUGUAUCAGGACUUUGAGUGGUCCACGUCAGAAGAGCGUUCGCCUCUAGCAGCCACGCUCAUCGGUGAGAUAACGAGGCAACCUGAAAAUACAGAAGAGUACUCGUGGGCCUUAAUACACUUUACCGCUCAAGUCCAAGCGUGCCUUUACUCACUUAGAUUAGCGAAGCAAAUCUUGGACGUUGUUCGAUUUCUGGGUCAAGAUCUUCCAAGACUAGUCCAAGAAUUGCACAACCGUCUCGCAUCACUUCCUCUCAUUGAUGCCUGGCCUGCCGUGGAACAGGUUUUUGAUCAGCUAUCCGAGUUUAGCAAUGUGGGUGGAUUCGAAACAAUCACGAGUAUCCUUGGAAUCCCCAGCAUCAAAACGACAGAACUUCUCUCACGACACACGUCAGGAAGGGAGAAAAGGAAGCAAGACAAUGAAAUGAGUUCCCGGAAAGCACGCCAGAAAUAUGUUAAGAGGUCACCUUCUAUCAACCCCUUCGCUGUUCUCAGUGAAGCAAGUCAAGAUUGA